ACUUUCCCAAACUUUCAAGAUGGCGUCAUCCUGCAUGUAAACAAACCAGUUUUACACCGAAACUGUCCCGUCAUAGUUUCUGUUCCGCUUUUAGAGGCCCCACAAAAGGUUCACGAUGAGUCGAUCGUUCACUGUGCGGCCUGCGAACGCUAAACAGCAGCGUCCGGGUAUGGAAGGGGCGAGUCCCGGCCGUGGCGCAGGCAGGGGAAGGGGGAGGGGGGCGACCGGUAACCAAGGGCCGAGCUACGUCGACGUCGACCACGGACAAGGGGCGAGACCGAGGGACAGGACUGCCGUGUCCGGAGGAACUGGACACCAGCAGGGGGCUACUGGGCAGCAGACGGAGGGAAAUGGUAACGCCAUCCCGGAUGAAAGGUUCAAAAGGGGAGACGGCUAUACCUUGGUGGUACCUAAUGAGAAGAAAAGGCAAAGUGUCUUAAAACAAGGCCAGAAAGAGCUGGAAGCCUACCAGAAGCACAAAGAGAGCAGAAGACCUGCUAACUUCUCCUAUGUUGGUACUGUAGGUGGUCCAAAUGUACCUGAAGAUGAAGUUAGGAGACAACAAGCACAAGAGGACAGGAGGAAGAGGAUGAACACGAGGGACAAGAGAGAGCAGUAUAGGCAAACCCAGAAACAACAGGAGGAUAAACAACUACAAAUGAAAAAGGACUACUACAGAGGACAGGCUCAAAAGAAAGAAGUAAAACAGAAGAAGGAGAACAAGGAAAGAGAAAAGAAGUGGGCAGAAGACCACAGACAAAAGAAUCAAGCUUUUCUAGAUAGACUGGAGGCACAACAAAGGGGAGGGAGACCCCAUGCAGGUGCUAAGGGUACUGCAGGAGGCAGCCAUGACAGCAAGGAAGUAGUAGAGGAGGAGCAGGAGGAGGAAGAUUUUGAGGAGCAGGAAAAUCCGCUCUCAGAACUACGUGACCUUUACCCCAAUUAUGAUGUACAAAUGUUGUCAGAAAUCUUACAGAGUACUGACGGUGACUUAGAUGAAGCUAUUGCCUUACUUAGAGUUUAGUGUAUUGAUAGCAAUAUCAAAUCAGGACAGCAAAUUAGCAUAUUAUCUUACAAGUAUGUACAUUGUACUUUUUCAGAAAAUGGCAUUAAAAGGGCUAAGAAAACAAUAAUUCAUAAAGAUUUAGACAUAUUUUAAGUUUUAGAACAGGAUUGAAUUGUAGAUUUGUGCAAGUGCAAGAGACUAUUGUUGAAUGUUCUUCAGGAUAGUUUUUAAGGUAAAGAAGCCGCAAGGGUAGCAAUAUCUACUGAAGCUUUUGUUGAAGUGUAAGAGUCAGGCUUGCCAAUGAUUUAACCCUCUAAGUAUAAUGGCUUACAUGUGGAUUGACCCUACUAAUUCACACCUUUCAUCUUGCUUCCAAUGCACAUUCACCAGCCACUUCAAUGAUUAAGGUUUGAGAGAAUUUAUUGUGCAAAUUUGCAGAGUUUUUUUUCUGAAUCGAGUCCAACUAUGGUUGUAUUUCAAAUGUGUUGGGAAAAUGUGUUUUGCCAAAAUAUAGCCCAGCCUUUUUGCUUGCCUGUGUAGAAUUUUAGUCUUUUGCCCUUGCUGUCUGCAAUAUAUAGUAUCACUAAAGAUAAAGACU